AAUUUCAGGGUUCCCGGAACGAGAAACCCUUUCGAUCGCUAGAUCCCGUGGAUUGGUCGAUCGUGAAUCGCUGGUGGGGAGGUAUAAAAGGGGAUUACGUCCACGGAGCGGCGCACUGUGCGACAGUACAAGUUCGUGAUCGCGUUGAUCCGCACCGGAAUUUCGAAAUUCCCUCGGAAAAAUUCGUUCGUCUAAAUUGGAAGGUGUCUCGGUCGUGCGCAAUCAGUGAAAGACGAUUCGUGGCCGUUCUCAGAUAUCUCUCUCCUCCCUUUUCGUUUAUCGCACGACUCGCACGGUUGCCAAACGCGAAAAGCCAUGUGUGUUCGUACAUCGAUUGGCACGGAACCCGCGGAGCCGGUAGCGGCGCUUCAUCGGCAGAACAACAAAUUGCAAAAAGCGAAAGAAAAGUACAUGAAAUUACACGACGAGCUGCUGGCCAGGGAACUGGACGUCGUCGAGGGCCAGAAGGCCCAGGAGGUUUUCAUUCCGGAGCUGGCCGAUCACAUAUUGAGGGCCAGUACCCUCAACUACAGUUCGCUGCUGAAAGCGUUGUCAAACUACUACGAGGCGUUGCAACAAACCAAAUUCUUCAAAAUUUUAUUCCACACCACGCAACCAGCUCACGUGAUCAUGAUUGCAGCGGUUCUGUGCGUAACGUCCGCUCUGGUCCCAACGAAAGAACGAGUGCAAGGUGCUGGCCAUCCCUACUCGAGAAUAACUACCUUCGUUUAUUUGGCUUCGUUCGUGAUGCAUCUCGGUGCUCAAAUCUGGAUGACCUUUGUUUCAGGUCUCACUCUAUACUUUGCGUUACCGAGACACGCGUUCGGCGAAGUACAGAGGAUUCUCUUCCCAAGGUAUUUUACCAUCAACGCGUGCCUCAGCCUGACCACGCUCCUAAUUUUUAUCAAGCAUCAUCCGGCGCACACGUGGGACACAGAGAUAGCCAUACAGGUGUGUGCCAUGUCCAGUGCUUUUUUCCUGGAACUGCUAAUAAGGCUGUACCUGACCCCGCCUCUCCUCCAAUUGAUAGUUCAGAAAAACAUAUUGGAGCGUGCCGCUGGGGUCGGCAACGAGAUUGGCCGUCACAACCCAGGCCCGUUAAAGCAUUGUCCACACUACUUGAACAUUCACAAAGCCUUCCGACGCGUUCACGUCUACAUCGCUAUGGGGAACAUGCUGACUAUGGGAUGCACGGUGUUACAUCUUCAUUACAUAGCCAGCAAAUUAUGCGUUCUUUAAUAGCAUUCGAAUCAGACCUUCCACGAGCACGUGUCUACGCACCGAGAAUUCGGAGAAUAGUCGGAAUAGUGAACGCUGUUUAACUAACGUCUCCUGCAACACUAGCUGCAGUGUUUCCUUUGGAUACGGGGUGAUCACUGUAUGACCUAACAACCGUUACUUUUAUGGACGUGUCGGGACUUUGUCGUCAAACUCUCUGACCUGAUGUAUCGAAUGAAAAGCAGCGAGUUGCUUCUCAACGAAAAGCAGAUCCUACGAUUCGAUUCGAUUCGAUUCGCUUCGCUUCGCAGUCUUCCCAUGUUCCGUAAAGGUGAACGAGGUCGCCGUAGAAACAAACUAAUCUCGAUCUAUAUUCCUGUAGAUCGAGUAUUCAGUAGAAUUUAGCCGCAUUUUCCUGAAGAUCAGAGUUGUAAAUGUUAGGGGGUGCUUAACACACUGUUCAACGAGGAACACCGCUCGAUCUUUAUCCUUACCGUGAUGCAUUAAUUAUAAUAAACAGUUUAAGGAACCACCGAUCAACGUAAGUUCCGCUUUACGUGUAAAUGUGGAUCCAUACAGACCGGUCGUCUGAGAUUUUAUUGUUAAUUGUGCUUUUUCUUUUUCUUUUCUAGAGACGUACAUUGUGCGUGUUCGGGGAUUGCGCACGUGGAUAAAAUGUUCACGAAACGAAUAACGUUAUUAUCAGACCGGUAAAAUGCGAUUCACAGCGAAAGUCUACUAAUCUGUGUUCCUUCCGCGCGUGUAUUCCUUGAAACAACUCGAAAUUUCGAGAAACUUUGACAAGUUUUACCAAAACUCUCCUUUCCACUGUAGUUCGUAAUGUUACCGAGUUACAUCGGGAACGAUCUGACGUAGGAAAAUGUAAAUAUUCUUAUAAAUCGGAACAUUCGGAGGAAAAAUAAGAAUGCGAAAUCAUCGACUGUGUGUACUGUUAGGUAGUAAAGAGCUUACUCUGUAUCAGAGUUAAUAAUAUUUAUUAAAGUAGCAGUAAUAUAUAAUACUAAUCUUACAGCUGCGUAAAGUCCUCAAACAUUCUAUCGAAAACAAAGUAUUACUGCAAAAAUUUCGUUUAAUCGAUUGGCUAAUAUUUCUGACACGCGUUCUCGCAUUUCAUUAUUGUAAAUAAUGCAUCUCGCCCAUUAUAUUAGCUGUAAAUUAUGAUACAUCGGACAGCAAUAGAAAUUUUCCUUUUCUUUCGCAUUUCAACUGUGUUCGUUAUAAUCCUACCAUAUGUUGUCGGCUAUGGAAACUAUGAUUCUCGUGAAAGCAUGGAUUAUUAAGUAUACCGAGUUGCCUUAGAGUUGAUUUAAAUAAUUUAUGUAUAAAAAGACUACCUUUAAUUACAAUUUCAUGAUACAAUCUUACAUCUUAAGAAUCUUGAAAACUUCGUAAGUAUGUAAUCAUAUUAUCACAUAAGUUGGUUUCCUCGCUAAUUCUAGUAUCACCAAUACUACCACUACAACUUUUGUCGUUGGAAUAAAAGAAUUUAACGUGGCUUUUCUCUCUUAUUGAAUCAUGGAUACACACACGCCAUACACACACGCCAUACACACACGCCAUACGCACACGCCAUACGCACACGCCAUACGCACACGCCAUACGCACACGCCAUACACACGCGAACGCGAACGCGCGCGCGCUUGCUAGAAUAUAAUUGUCGUUUUCAUCAAAUGUACUAAACGAGCCUGCAGAUUACCAAAAGAUCUAUUGUGAUAUUCUAUGAUUUUCUAGAAAAUCAAGUAAAUAUAAACAUAUAUACAAUUACACCCUAAUUGAUAUAUUUCAUUUCGUUCCAUCUGACGAGAAAACGAUUCUUCCAAUGUUGCCUCCGUGAAUAUUCUUCUAAGAAGAACAAUCUCUUUUUCUCGAAAUUAAAUUGAUCACAGAAUGAAAUACAUCGAUUACGAUUAUUUUACAUCAUCGUAAUAUACAUGUGAUUUGUCAGUCUCUAUAUAUCGUACCCCCAGAACACGUAUCUAUCGAUUACCGAAGACGUACGAAACCGUCUCUUAUACAAAUUUAUAUUAUUCGGCUACUAUUCAACGAGCUCUUAUGCGUGUUUGCUGUUGUUAUUUCAUUUCAUCGCGUGUACAUUUGCUUGAUAAUCCUGAGAAUCUUAAAUACAUACAUAAAUACCGGUGGCACAAUGAUAACACAUUGCAUUAUCGUUAAGUCAACAUGUACAUAUACUCGAUAUUUCUAGAUCGGUCCAUCCAUGGUCGCGUCCCGACAAUUUUCAUUCGUAGAUCCGAUGAAACUGAACGGUUCGUCUCAAACGAACGAUUCAAAUUUAAAAACGAUUAUUCGUUACACUCAUACCCCUCAGGUAUUCCCCUUAUUUCUCUGUAUGUUUGCGAAAUAACUAGUAUUUGUACAUGCCUGUUUUGCAGGUACGAAAAGAAAUAAAAACAUGUAUGGACGAUUGGUAACUCCAUACGAAACAUUCAAAUGAAAUAAUCGAACGAGUUCAUAUAACGAUUUCUCUCUAAAAACAAAAAAGAGAAACAAAGAGAAACAAAAAGAAACAAAAAGAAAGAAAAAGCAAAGAAACUCCGUGACAAAUAGGAAGAUGUAGGCCUACUUGGUAAACAGUUUCUUUACACUCUGAGGAUUUCUGCCGCUUUGUUAUAACAAAUAGCGAUCCAGUCAGGCUGCGUGGCACCCCAUUGAAUCUGAUUGACCUCUCCUUCUGCAGCGGUGUAAGCGAGAAUGGGAUCUUCGAUUG